GUGCCAGACAGUACGCCUGGAUAGUUUCUUCCCAUUUUUCCAAGUCGCUAAACGUGACCAGAGGGCAAAGAGUAGGCCCAGAACCUUGGAGUCUUGGCUCCGCCCCUUCUGCGUUUGGCUUUGCCUGCUCCUCCCAUCACCACUUCACUCAGAGGCAGCCACUGGCCCAAGACGAAAAAAGAGCCAGUCUCUGCUGCACCAUUGCGUUCUCCAGCUUCAGUUCUCAAGCCCUGUAGCCGAGAAGGCGAGGUCUGAUGUUACACCACCAGUCUGUUCCGCCCUGUUUCGAGAUCCAACCGGAACGCUUUCAGAUAGGAUCCUCAGUGAGACCGCACUCGAUUGAAUCGGUCUGUCUCUACAGCCCAAGGAGGCGGGUUCGCUGAGGCCUCUCCAAGGCCAAAGCAAGAAGACCUUACUGCGCACGCGCAAUAGGCAGCCGAUGGAGCCACCGAUGGAGCCGUCCGGAGGGGAGCAAGAGCCGGGAGCCGUCAGGCUCCUGGACCUGCCUUGGGAAGACGUGCUGCUCCCACACGUCCUAAGCCGGGUGCCGCUACGCCAGCUUCUCCGGCUGCAGCGCGUCAGCCGGGCCUUCCGGGCGCUCGUGCAGCUGCACCUGGCGGGGCUGCGCCGCUUCGACGCCGCUCAGGUGGGUCCCCAGAUCCCGCGGGCAGCUUUGGCCUGGCUGCUGCGGGACGCUGAGGGGCUGCAGGAGCUGGCGCUGGCGCCGUGUCACGAAUGGUUGUCGGACGAGGAUCUGGUGCCGGUGCUGACGCGGAAUCCGCAGCUGCGGAGCGUGGCGCUGGCCGGCUGCGGGCAACUGAGCCGCCGCGCGCUGGGGGCGCUGGCGGAGGGCUGCCCCCGUCUGCAGCGCCUUUCCCUCGCGCACUGUGACUGGGUAGACGGCCUGGCGCUGCGCGGCCUCGCCGACCGCUGUCCGGCCCUUGAGGAGCUGGACCUCACCGCCUGCCGUCAGCUCAAGGAUGAGGCCAUCGUAUACCUGGCGCAGAGGCGCGGCGCGGGCCUCCGCAGCCUCUCGCUGGCAGUCAACGCCAACGUGGGGGACGCUGCAGUCCAGGAGUUGGCUCGGAACUGCCCGGAACUCGAGCACCUCGACCUAACCGGCUGCCUCCGUGUCGGAAGCGACGGCGUCAGGACAUUGGCCGAGUACUGCCCGGCGCUGCGCUCGCUGCGGGUGCGGCACUGCCACCAUGUGGCCGAGCCCAGCCUGAGCCGCUUGCGGAAGCGCGGCGUGGACAUCGACGUGGAGCCGCCGCUGCAUCAGGCCCUGGUGCUGCUGCAGGACAUGGCAGGCUUUGCACCCUUUGUCAACCUGCAGGUCUGACCUGCCUGCCGAUGGGGCACAGCUGGACUGUGUGGCGGGGCCUGACUAUGAACUGUAGGGAAACUGGACUGUGGGGGCCUCUGGUUAGAGGCGGAUGCCCUGCCCCACCCUGGAGCUUCAAAUAAAGAGCUUUUUACCCCCUC